UCAUCAUCAUCAUCAUCAUCAUCAACUUCAUCUCUUCUCUUCGCAUCUUCACCACUCCUCUGUCAUUCGGCUGAAACAGCUUGAUACUUCUCGGUGUCUAUUUCACACUUGCGCCUAUCUUGAUAUACUAUUUGUCUAUUAGUCCUCACACACAAUAUAACGACUGACCUUACACCCACAGCCCGACUCAACUAACGCCCGAGCUAUAGCCAUUCUUGCUGAUAUCCCACUAAUAGGACGCACUUAUCGUUCAACCAAGUUACCCACUCACAGCGAAAGGAAGACUGACAAAACAAGCUCUGUAACUCUUUUUCUUAUUACUCACAGAAACAGUUUCAAAAUGAAGUGCACAACAGCCGCCGCCCUGGUCUGCCUCGUCGCCUCCGCCGCAGCCGCACCGACUCCUAAGCCGUUCAUCCCCCCUAGCGACUUGUUCAAAGGCUUUAAUCAGUUCAAUGGGGAAUCGGUCUACAAUGGCUUGUUCAACAAGGACGGGCCGAGCAAGGAUAAGUCCAAGGAAUUCGACCAAAAGAAGGCUACGGUGAAGCCGUACAAGUACGAAGACGCCCUCAAGUGGGACGGCUCUGGAUCCGAACCCUACGACUGGGGAUUCAACUGGAGCCGCCGCCCCUUUAGGAACGGCUUCCCGGGCGAGAGCACGGAGGACCAGAAGAAAAAGGAGGAGGAGCGCAAGAAGAAGGACGAAGAGGAGCGCAAGAAGGACGAAGAGCGCAAAAAGAAGGAGGAAGAGGAGCGCAAGAAGAAGGAAGAAGACGAGAAGAACAAGGACAACAAGGACAACAAGGGCGACUGGAAGAUCAAAAACUUCAACCGCAAAUGCACUAAUGGCGGCAACGGCAACGACGAAUCAAAGGAUAAGGACUGCACAAUCAGGUUCGAGAUUGAACAGCCCGGAAAGUCCACGAGCAAGUGCGAGUACAAGAUUGACAGCUUGCGCGCGUCCAUCUCGAACCACAAGUGCAACGACAACGGCAACGAGUACAACAUCGGCGCCCAGUGGAGCGACUUCUUCGGCCCCGACAAGGGCUUCACCACCCUCUCGGUCGUCGACCAGAAGAACAAGCGCAUCGUCUGGCCCGCUUACUCUGACACAGAGCUCAAGAACGGCCAGAACUUCAGCCCCGACAAGACCUACAAGUCUCAAGAGGUUCCUAAGUGAGCGGUUUGGUAGCUAUUCGUUUUCUUUUCUUUUUUUCUCUCUUACAUUUCCCCUGUUAUAUGACCCGGUUUUCCUUUGUAAAUCUUUACUUUGCUUUUUGAUAGCGGACCUACUAGUUUUUUGGGGAGUUUCAUAAAUGGCAAUUAGCUUACGGCGUUGGGGCGAAAAAGGCGGCUCUGUCAUGAUUGAGAGGGGCCUAGCUUGCAAAAUAUACUGUACUUUCUUCACCUGUUCAUCCUCUCCAACUGUAGGAUUG